AUGAAAGAAGUUCUAACGCUAAAUAAGCCGUGUUACGUAGGAAUGAGCAUCUUAGACUUAUCAAAGACUUUAAUGUACGAUUUUCACUACAACACCAUCAAGAAGGAGUACGGUAAUAAUUCAAGGCUACUGUUCACUGAUACUGACAGUCUAAUGUAUGAACUGAAGACGGAUAAUGUUUAUGAGGACUUUAAUAACGGUUGCAGUUUCUUGAACUUCCACCUUCUAGCAGGCACCACAACCUUAAAUGGUAAUCUGGGGUAGUACUUAUCAAUUUUUUCUUCCACUCUUACUGGUACACAGCUAGGUUCUAUUUUUUCUUCAAUCACCCCUUCAACGUCUGUUUUUCCAAUUGCGUGGUGUCCAUAAGCGUAACUUGUAACUCCAUCUUCAAGUAAGUAUCUUUUGUCAUCAAAACAGCUAAGAGUAACCUUCUUCAAUUCGUAAGUUCCAAUUGUAUGCUUUACACUUCUGAUUGUAUUCAUAUUAUGUCUCAUCCUACCUUUCUUAUUAAUUACAUUCUUAAAGUUCUCGUGAGUGAGCUUGUUUCUGAUGACAUACUUUUUAAUUUAAUUAAUAACCACCACGUCCCAGUUGCGUCGAUCAGCACUGAUCGAUUGCAAGAUAUUUAAUAUCUUCGGUUCAGUGCAUGCUAUGAAGACAGAAAUACCACCAUUCGAUUCAGAAAGAAAAGAUUCAACUAAUUCCUUCCUAUAGUUAUAGUCAUUAUCAACAUUGUAGCGAUUUAUGGGCCUUUGAAGUCAAACACGAUCAUAUUGUAUCAAAUUACGCAAUUGUCUGAACAAAAAUAUAGACUAGCCAUACCUUUUGCCGAAAAUAACUUCGGCCCCUUCGAACGUAUCGUCUUUGUAAUAGUCUUGUUAAAAUCCCCAUUAAAAACACUACUUAGAGUGUUAUUUGCAAGCCUGUAUCUUCAAAUCUGUAUCUUUUAUCAAUAUAUUUUUGUUUCUUGCCCGACUGUGAGCUCGAAGUGAGUUAAUCCCAACCGGAAAUACGACUGAAAAUCGUCAAAACAAUGCGAAGCUUGUAUUGUAUGACCCUGCAAAGGCCAGAAAUGGAUUCGCAAGGUCAAAUUGCACCUACACGCGUGAGUUUGACGUCAUACCGGCCAACAGGAGCUUCUUAUUGGCCAAUUAUUGCGCAAUGUUCGCAAGUGCGAGUAAAACCCGAUAUCUUGAAAAAUUCAAAAUAAAUAUUUCUAGUCGGCGUAUACAUACGAAACUUUCUACACAAAAGUGCUUGAAUACAAAAAGUAUUUUACACAUAUAGCCGUUCAGCAAAUGACGAAAUGUUCAAUAGAUAUUCAAGAUCUUGUGUAUAUGAAAUUUAGAAUCUUUGGUCAAGCGGUGAGUAAAUAUAUGAUUGUUUCGGUUUGUGUAAUGUUCAGACGGCACUUGACCCCCCGUUUGAAAGGUUAUUUUGUGAGGAUUACAAUGGUGGUAUUUAUUUAUAAGGGGGGUAAAUACUCGCCGAGAUAUUUAUAUUAGAAAAAUUGUGUCGUAAUAUGAUGCGAGAGGGGGUGGUCGAAAAAGAGUGGUGAAAAGCAAAACUGUUGGGAUCAUUCAGAUUACCCAAAAGAUUCUCCGUACUACUCAACUCACAACAAGAAGGUUAUAGGUAAGUUUAAGGAUGAAGCUGAAGGAGUACCUAUAAUUGAGUUUGUUGGGUUGAGGUCAAAAAUGUAUUCCUAUGUAAAGGAAAACGGUGGAGGUGGAAUGACUGCUGAAGGAGUUAAGAAAACUUGUACCUGA